GUGACGCCAGCUGUUCGCGCUUGAGAGCCUUUCUGCCCUCGGACUUGGAGCCCCUCCGGCGUUGCAGGAAAAUGAUUUCCGCUUUUUGCAUCCACGUUGACUCCGUCCCCAGGGUCCUCCCGGCUCAGGGACCUGGUGAUUUUUGUGUUCUGGAAUCCCAAUAACCCUAUAUCAAGAGGAAUGGAGAUUGCUGCUGUCCAUUUAGAUUAAUGAGCUGUCCUGAAGUGAUGUUGGCAUCAAUGAAAGCAGGGUUCUGGUACAUUCUCACCUCACAGGAUGGCAGCUGUUGAUUUGUCCCAUGGACAUUAUCUUUCUGGGGACCCAGUUUGCCUUCAUGAAGAAAAGACAGCAGCAGGAAGGAUAGUGGCCGACUGCCUAACAAAUUGUUAUCAGGAUUCAGUGACUUUUGACGAUGUGGCUGUGGACUUCACCCAGGAGGAGUGGACUUUACUGGACCCAACUCAGAGAAGCCUCUACAGUGAUGUGAUGCUAGAGAACUACAAGAACCUGGCCACAGUAGGAGGUCAGAUCAUCAAACCCAGUCUGAUCUCUUGGUUGGAACAAGAAGAGUCAAGGACAGUUCAGGGAGGCGUUCUCCAAGGAUGGGAAUUGCAACUUGAAACCCAAUGGUCUACACUUCAGCAGAACUGUUUGAGGGGUCAGACAUCCAUUGGGGUACAAUUGGAAGGAAACCACAAUGGAAGGAAACUUUGUGACUGUGAGCAAGGUGGAGAAGUCUUCAGUGAACACUCAUGCCUUAAGAUGCACAUGAGAACUCAAAGUACAGGGAACACUCAAGAUUUCCUUAUUCUGCAUGAGAAAACCUCUACUGGUGAGAAACUGUCUGAGUUUAAUCAGAGUGAAAAAAUCUUCAGCCUGACACCAAAUAUUGUAUGCCAGAGAACUAGCACACAAGAAAAGUCAUUUGAAUGUAGUCACUGUGGAAAAUCCUUCAUUAAUGGGUCAUACCUUCAGGCACAUAUGAAAACUCACAAUGGAGAAAAACUCUAUGAAUGGCAUGGGCCAGGUUUUAUUGACUCCACAAACCUUUCUGUGCUUAUAGAAACCCUCAAUGCAAAAAAGCCCUAUAAAUGUAAGGAAUGUGGAAAAGGCUAUAGAUACCCAGCCUACCUCAGUAUUCACAUGCGAACCCACACUGGGGAGAAACCCUAUGAAUGUAAGGAAUGUGGGAAAGCCUUCAAUUAUUCCAAUUCAUUUCAGAUACAUGGAAGAACUCACACUGGAGAGAAACCGUAUAUAUGUAAGGAAUGUGGGAAAGCCUUCACUCAGUACUCGGGCCUUAGUAUACAUGUACGAUCUCAUAGUGGAGACAAACCCUAUGAAUGUAAGGAAUGUGGGAAAUCCUUCCUUACGUCCUCACGCCUUAUUCAACAUAUCAGAACUCACACUGGAGAGAAGCCUUUUGUGUGUGCUGAAUGUGGGAAAGCCUUUGCAAUUUCCUCAAAUCUUAAUGGACACUUGAGAACUCACACUGAAGAGAAGGCCUGUGAGUGUAAGAUAUGCGGGAAAGUAUUCGGGUAUCCCUCAUGUCUUAAUAAUCACAUGCGAACGCACAAUGCCCAGAAACCAUACAUCUGUAAGGAAUGUGGUAAGACUUUUAACUAUUCCACCCACCUUAAAAUUCACAUGCGAAUCCACACUGGAGAAAAACCCUAUGAGUGUAAACAAUGUGGAAAGGCCUUCAGUCAUUCCAGUUCAUUUCAAAUACAUGAAAGGACUCACACUGGAGAGAAGCCCUAUGAAUGUAAACAGUGUGGGAAAGCCUUCAUAUGUUCUAGUUCCUUUAGAAUUCAUGAAAAAACACACAUGGAAGAGAAACCCUAUAAAUGUCAGCAGUGUGGGAAAGCUUACAGUCAUCCUCGUUCACUUCGAAGACACGAACGAACUCACUAGUGAGAAACUCUGUCCAUGUAAUGAAUGUGGGAGAGCUCUAAUUUGUUCUAAUUCACUUCAAAGACAUAAAUGAACUCACACUGGAGAGAAGAAACUAUGAAAAUUAUUUAAUUCUUGUAAUCCCAGCCCUUUGUGAGGCUGCAGUGGGUGGAUCACUUAAGGUCAGGAGUUUGAGACCAGCCUGACCAACAUGGUGAAACCCUGUCUCUACUGAAAAUAACAAAAAAAAAUCCAGGUGUGGUGGCAGGUGCCUCUAAUCCCAGCUGCUUGGGAGACUGAGGCAAGAGAAUAGCUUGAACCCGGGAGGCAGAGGUUGCUGUGAACAGACGUCGUGCCACUGCACUCCAGCCUGGGUGACAGAGUAAGACUUCGUCUCAAAAAAAAAAA